UUAUAAAGACAUCGUACUGAUCGCAAACAGCUCUCACUGAUCGACUGACGCUUAACAAGAUGUGGUUUGUGGUUUGUUCGCUAGGGCUGAUUGUGUUGUUUGAACAGGGUAGUGCACUUGUUCCGACUGGAGAUUUGAAGUCUCUCGACGAAAAGAAUGUAAUACUGCCAAACCGAAGAGAAUCUUUAACAGAUUGUCACUUCAGAUACUACACAUAUGGUAAAACAUCGAUGAUAAAACCCGCCUUCGGUCAAACGACUUACCUGCGGGAGUUUGCGCACAUGGCAGCUAUAGGGUGGACGCAGCCCGAUAGCACGAUUACUUGGAACUGCGGCGGUUCGUUGAUAUGGGAGAACUACAUUCUAACUGCGGCACACUGUGUCGAAGACGCUCAACAAAAUGCACCAGAUGUGGCACGCUUUGGGGAUUUGGAUCUUUUCAACGCUACCGAUGAUCAGUACGCGCAGCAGCUGAAGAUCGUAGAGAUCAUUCGACAUCCCGAGCACCGGCAUCGGGACCGCUAUCACGAUAUUGCUCUCAUGCGGCUGGAGCGUGAGGUGAUGCUACAUGAUACAGUGGUGCCGGCCUGUCUGUGGACUGAUGAUGAGAUACGCUUCAAGCGGUUCGAAGCUACCGGUUGGGGAGAUACAGGCUUUGCUGCUGAAAAAACUCCAAUCCUACUGAAAGUUGCGCUCAGUCCGGUCGCCAACGAGCAGUGCAAUGAGCACUAUUUGAACCUUCGAGGUUUGCGGAACGGUUUACAUACUAAUCAGCUGUGCGCUGGCGAUGCUCGUAUGGACACAUGUCCGGGUGAUUCUGGAGGACCGCUGCAGGUAAAGCUACUACACAACACGCGUGAAACACCCUUUCUGGUUGGAGUGACUUCAUUUGGAUUGGCGUGCGGUUUGUCCGUUCCCGGAGUGUACACUAGGGUUGCGCCCUACGUACCAUGGAUAAGGUCCGUGCUGAAAGAUCGUGGAGAAAAUGCGACCGAAUGGAAAUUCCAACCUCAGGCGUGCGCCUUACGCUACGCCCAGUAUCGUGAGUUUGAGCCGCGAGUUUUGCUGCAUAAAUCGCAAAAUUUGGAGCAAAUAGAUCUGUCUGAAGCGCAUCUAUUUUCAACGGCAUCCCGACAGCUGGCUGCAAUCCACUGGAACGGAACGGACGAUUCAGAGCAGAAUGACUGCUUCGGGGUGAUCGUCGAUGACAGUACGAUCGUGACACUUGCCCGCUGUACAAGGAAGAAUGGCUUGCCUCCCGCCUAUGUCAGCUAUCUGGAAAAUGAAAGGAACGCUGUCAUUCGCUCUUACAUACAUCCAAAUUGGAAAGAGGGAUCGCUUUAUGGAGACGUAGGACUUCUUCAACUGAAAGAGCCGUUGAAGAUUUCUUUACAAUUUCAACCAGCUUGCAUCUGGGAUCGCGCAGACCUUCCUGAGUCGGAGUUUUUUGUUUCUGGCCGUGGGCUGUCCGAGCUUCAUGCUAUUCACGUCGAGGAAGAUGAUUUAGAAACAAGUGCUUCUUUGAAUCACAUAAUCAAUGUUCUUGGAGUAGUAGAGCUUCAUAACGGGACCAACUGCACGCAGCAUCGUAACGAGACGCCGGCCGAACAUCUCUGCUUCGGAGCCAAACCGUUCCUGGUGCCAAGUACCUGUCACCAAUCACUGGGUGGUCCGCUAGAGCGUGAAGUGGGGCGUUUUGGUCGUAGCCUACCCUACGUGUACGCGCUGAACCUUGCAGGCCGUGACUGUGGUUACGGUGAAUCGGCACUCGGCGUUCGGUUAGCUUCCCAUCUGGCGUGGUUCAAUUCGAUCCUGUUUCCGAAGAGGGUCGAAGAAGAUCCCGCUGAAGCGUUCAUUUUCCUGAACAAUGAUUUGGAAGAGGGUGACACGUGUGCGGUGGACGGCGUUGGGAUGGGUGUGUGUACAAGUGCAGUGAAUUGUCCGAGAAUGUUGUACCGCUUUCAGCAAAAUCAACCGGUGCAGUUCUGUGGCAGUGGAUCGGUGUUGUGCUGUCCGCGGGAGGACGUACGGAGUGCGCUGGAUGCAGAAUGGCGAGAAAUCGACAGCUGUGCCACGAGACGGAAUAGCGAGGAGGAUGAUUUCGAUCCAAGGCACCAUAUGGUAUCCUUAGAUUUGAGCCAAGGGAUAGAAACGCAGACUUGUAUCGCAACAAUGAUUAGCAACAGAACGUUUUUGACCGCUGCCAGCUGUCUGGACGGCAAAGGCACGCUCAAAUACGUAACAUUAGACAAUAGAGAGAUUCAAAUGGUUGUCUUGAUGGUGGUUGAGAAGGUAACAGUCCAUCCAGAGUACGACAGUACUACGAAACACAAUAACAUUGCACUGGUAACGGUAAUGCACCGCACCGACAUAGCGUUCGGUAAGAGUCCGAUCUGUUUGUGGAGCAACCAAACGCACACGCCGUUUUAUCUGGAGCAAGUUGGACUAACGGAAGAAUCAACGCUUGGUCCAGCCCUUGCAUUCACAAAGUUUAACAGUGAUUGUGACCGGACGUUUCGGAGAACGUUGAACGACCACGAAUUAUGCGUAGAUGUGGAACAACUGCCAUACAUGGACACGGUUGAGGUAGAUGAAGGCAUGCCGGCUUUCUGGAAAGGACGCGGUACCGGCAACUAUCUCGUUGGGAUAGCGAGCCACAGUGCACCGAACGAUAGUCGUGUGUUUCUGCACACGCGCAUUGCACCGUACGUAGGAUGGAUUAAAAGUGUUUUGUGAUACAACAUACUGAAUAAAAGCAAAACUGUAAAUUUGUUAGCAACGUUUUUGAAAUAAAACAUUAUCAACUAA